AGUCACUAUAUCUCUCUCUCUCUCUCUAGCUACCGUCACUCUCUCACUCUUCCCCUCUGCUCUGCUUAUUAUUUCUCCUCCAUCGAAAGUUUCUUUCUCACAAAAACUUAAACAAUGGACUCUUCACUGUCGCCAACCCCAUUUGAUCACCAAAACACAGAGCCAAAGAAAACCUUUAUGAUGGCCUCUCUCAUUCCUCUCCGCUCCAACAACCACUUCAAAGAAGACACUUACUUCGUCUCCGAACUCAAACUCUCCGAGGCAAAAUCUCUCCAAGACCUCAAACACAAACUCUCAUCUUCCUCCUUCGCAUCCUCUUCCAUGUGGGGUGUCCCGCUCCUCGGCGGCGACGACAGCGCCGACGUCAUCCUCCUCAAGUUCCUCAGGGCCAGGGACUUCAAAGUCGGAGACUCGCUGAGGAUGCUCGAGAAGUGUUUGGAGUGGAGAGAAGAGUUCAAGGCCGAGAAACUGACGGAAGAGGAUCUUCUUGGGUUUAAAGAUUUGGAAGGUAAAGUAGCGUACAUGAGAGGGUACGACAAAGAAGGACAUCCCGUGUGUUACAACGCGUACGGUGUGUUUAAAGAGAGAGAGAUGUACGAGAGAGUGUUUGGUGAUGACAAGAAACUCAACAAGUUCUUGAGAUGGAGAGUUCAGGUUAUGGAGAGAGGUGUUGAGCUGCUUCAUUUUAAACCUGGUGGUGCUAAUUCUAUUAUUCAAGUUACGGAUCUUAAGGAUAUGCCUAAGAGAGAGCUUAGAGUUGCUUCGAACCAGAUUCUUUCUCUCUUUCAGGAUAAUUACCCUGAGAUGGUUGCUACUAAGAUAUUCAUCAAUGUGCCUUGGUACUUCAGUGUGAUCUACUCAAUGUUCAGCCCUUUCUUGACUCAUAGAACAAAGAGCAAGUUUGUAAUGUCCAAAGAAGGAAAUGCAGCCGAAACACUUUACAAGUUCAUAAGACCUGAAGAUAUUCCAGUGCAAUACGGCGGCCUUAGUCGUCUUACAGAUUCGCAAAACGGACCACCUAAACCCGCCUCUGAAUUCUCCAUCAAGGGCGGAGAGAAAGUUAACAUUCAGAUCGAAGGCAUUGAGGGUGGAGUAACCAUAUCAUGGGACAUAGUAGUUGGAGGAUGGGACUUGGAGUACACGGCAGAGUUUGUUCCAAACGCUGAAGAGAGUUAUGCGAUUGUGGUUGAGAAACCAAGAGAGAUGAAAGCUUCAGAUGAAGCUGUUUACAACUCUUUCACGACAGGAGAAGCUGGGAAACUCAUUAUCUCGGUCGAUAACACUUUGUCCCGCAAGAAGAAAGUUGCUGCUUAUCGUUACACUGUCAGAAAAUCUACAUAGCCGUCUAAGACCUUCUUGUUCAGUAAAUGGGUUACUUAUUACUACUUACUUUGGUUGUGUUGAGGUUUGGUUGCUCAAUAUUCGUGUUGAACUGGAUGUCUAAAAAUGCGAGAUAUGUAUAAAAACAAUGAUUGUAUGACAUUUAAUGUCUGAUUUAAUAUUUUAACAAUA